UCCUACGUUUCCUUCCACUGUUCCCUCUCACUCCAAAAGUCAAUAACCGUGUUAUCUUAGUGCUUGAUUACUGAUAAGACAUAUUCUAAGCUCGAGAAAUGAGCAAUGAGUGUUUUUGAAGACAAUGACCCCACAUGUGCUGUUCUUAGAUGCCAACAAUGCCAUCAUCAAUGAAUAUUCAAUACCCAUUUAUUAUUUAGGAGUACCUUACCAUACCCCAAAAAGUUUCAUUUUAUUUUUUUAUUUUAUUUAAACUUCUUACAGGAAGAAGGAGGAGGAGUCAAUGCUUCACUUUGCUUAUGUCUCAUUCACAGAGAGAGAAAGAGAAAGAGUCUUUUAACCACACUGUUACUCAUUUUGUACCGUUGUGAGUUGUGAAUUGUUUUAUUUUGGGUUGGUUUGUUAGUUGUGAAAGGUGAAUUUUUUAUUUCUUUUUGUUUUGGGAAUUUGGAAUAGCACCAAACUCGGUUGUUGACCUAAACUUGGUUGAUAGAUAGAUAGAUACAUAAGAUAACCAAUUUUAUGUUUUUAGGGUUUUAUUUGUGGUGGAUUUUGCAAAUGGGUCUUUUUGUGUUGACAAUGGAGUAGUUUUAGGGUUUUCAAGUGGUGUUGUUGAAUCUGGUUUUGGAUUUGGUUUUGUUGGGUUGCUUGGAGUUUCUCUAAAGGUUGUGUCUUUGGGGGAAGAAUUGAAAGAAGCUACAUUGUUAGAUACAACACUGAAUUUUGAGUCCAAGUCUUUUCGUAAUUUGGAAGGCUUUGUUUGGGUGUUUCAGAAGGUUUUUAAUUGACCUUAGAUCUGUUCUUAACUGUGUUUUUGUUAAGUUAUUGGGAUUUGAGUUAAUGGCUUGCAUGAAAUUGGGUUCCAAAGCUGAUGCAUUUCAGCGUCAAGGCCAAGCAUGGUUCUGCACGACCGGGCUUCCCAGCGAUAUAAUUGUUGAAGUUGGUGAGAUGUCUUUCCAUCUUCACAAGUUCCCUUUGCUCUCUAGAAGUGGGGUUUUGGAAAGAUUGAUUGCCAAAGCUUCUGAAUCAGAGGAAGAAUGUGUCAUAGACCUUCACAACAUUCCCGGUGGGGCCAAAACAUUUGAACUUGUGGCAAAAUUCUGCUACGGUGUGAAACUUGAACUCACGGCAUCAAACAUUGUGUGCCUAUGGUGUGCUUCCGAGCAUCUUGAAAUGACCGAAGAAUAUGGCGAAGGUAAUCUUAUUUCCCAGGCUGAAACCUUUUUUAAUCAAGUGGUCCUCCGAAGUUGGAAAGACUCCGUAAGGGCACUUCAAACAUGUGAUGAUGUUCUUGACAAAGCUGAAGAGCUCCACAUUGUGAAAAGGUGCCUUGAAUCGCUUGCAGCAAAGGCAUCUACUGACCCAAAUUUAUUUGGGUGGCCAGUACUAGAGCGCGGUGGUCCCUUACAGAGCCCUGGUGGAAGUGUUCUGUGGAAUGGAAUAAGUACCGGGGCAAGACCGAAGAAUACAAGUUUAGAUUGGUGGUAUGAGGAUGUAGCAAAUUUGAGUUUACCUAUUUAUAAGAGGUUGAUAGCUAUCAUGGAAUCUCGGGGUAUUAGGCAGGAAAUUAUUGCCGGUUCUCUUGCUUUCUAUGCUAAAAUGUAUUUGCCUGGUUUAAAUCGACGUAAGGUUUCCGGUGAAUCCAGUACUCGGCUAACCCCGGUGGCUUUAGGGUCUCCACCAUCUGAAGAAGAUCAAAUAAUUCUCUUGGAAGAGAUUGAUCAGCUACUCCCGAUGCAGAAGGGCCUAGUUCAAACGAAGUUCCUGUUUGGUCUACUUCGAACAGCCAUGAUUCUACGAGCAAACCCCUCUUGUAUAUCGAAUUUGGAGAAACGGAUCGGGAUGCAGCUCGAUCAAGCUGCUUUGGAAGAUCUCUUGAUGCCGAAUUUCUCGUAUUCAAUGGAGACACUUUACAAUGUUGAUUGUGUCCAACGAAUUCUUGAUCAUUUCCUUGCGAUUGAUCAGGUUACAGGUGGCGCCUCUCCGUGCUCAAUUGACGAUGGCCAGUUGAUUGGAUCGCCUUCACUGACACCCAUUACCAUGGUAGCAAAACUGAUCGAUGGUUACCUUGCAGAGGUUGCCCCGGAUGUGAACUUAAAACUUCCCAAGUUUCAAGCACUUGCUGCUGCUGUUCCGGAGUAUGCCAGGCCUUUGGAUGAUGGUUUAUACCGUGCUAUAGAUAUUUAUUUGAAGUCUCAUCCAUGGUUGGUGGAGUCAGAGAGAGAGCAACUAUGCAGACUAAUGGACUGUCAGAAGCUCUCACUAGAAGCAUGCACACACGCCGCACAAAACGAGAGACUGCCCAUAAGAAUCAUAGUUCAAGUUCUAUUUUUCGAGCAACUCCAGCUUCGAACAUCAAUUGCCGGUUGCUUUCUAGUCUCAGACAACCUCGAUGGAUCAAGAAAUUUAAGAAGUGGUUUUGUCGGAUCCAACGAGGGAGGCUGGGCGUCGGCCGUGAAGGAAAAUCAGGUAUUGAAAGUUGGGAUGGAUAACAUGAGGAUGAGGGUUUCUGAGCUCGAGAAAGAGCAAGAGAUCGACAAGCUCGGUAAGACAAAAGGGUCGACGAGCGCUUGGGGAGUUGUGUCUAAGAAACUCGGGUUUAAGAUGAAAUCUCAGAUGUGCAGUGCUCAAGAAGAAUCUGUUAGUAAACAGAACAAUGGAAAUAAUAAGGUUGAGAAAUUGAAGGAUAGGCAUGUAAAGCACAAUAGAAAUUCGUCUAUUAGUGACAAAGGAUCAGUCUCUUCAAUUAUCCAUUCUUAGUGUCUAAAUUUGACUCUGUAAUGUGCUAAUUAGCGACUUUACUUUUCCAUCUCUAGCUAAUGUAAUUGAGAUUGAAACCAACGUCGCUAUUUAGUGUGCAUAAACUAUAGCUUUUGUUCAUUUGUACCACUGACUAUGUUCAUUAUGCUUCCUACUCUAAAAUAUUCAUUUGUUUGAAUUUUGAAAGAGGUA